AUGGCGCCUACCGAAUCUUCCAUUCUGAGCAAUUUCCUGCUCUCUCCAGCUCCGCUGCCAACGCUCAUAUCGUUGCAGAAAUUUACGGAGCUUUUUCCAAAGCGGCUGCGGUCUCACCCGCAUAUUAGAGCGCUCUACCGCGAGCUGCAAGAGCUCCGGGAACAUGACAUGGAUCUAGUCAAUGGGAACAUCGACAAAGAAGUCCGUCAAGGAGAGAGCCAAAAAGCAGAGCUCCGCAAGUCCAUCGCGAAAACUGGCGUCGAUGGACUUACGUCCAAUGACCAGCGAGAAAUGGAUAUGGAUGUUCAGCUAUUUGGGCAAACAUCCUCUACCUCCGACUAUCAUUCGGCUUCCAGUCUCCUGGACGCCAUGGAGAAGGCAUGUUCGGACAUUGAACGCCAAGUUGCUGAGAUGGACGAGAAGGCAACCUUAAUCCUAUCUAAUCUCAACAACACCGUCGGUGACUUGAGCGACCUGCGCUACGGUAAAAUGCAGGGCCCCGCCGGCACAAGCGGCGAAGACAUGGUGGUCGAAGCCAUCCGAGGUCUGAGUAAUUUGGAGGAUGCUUGCUAUCGAGCCGUUUUCGAUUCGAAAUCCCCCAAAAUGCCGUCGAUUCCCCUCCACCCUCGCGCGUCCAAUUCGCCCACACGCGUAAACAACCCUCUUCCCCAGCUUCUGCAAACCCCCUCCGGCCUCGCUCUCCUCGAACUCCAAGGCACAAUCAAUAUCCCUUCGCAAGACAACGGCGAUAGCAACCAGUCUACAAUAUCAUCGCCCGAUGGCCCUCACGAUCCUAAUGCUGCUCCCGUGUUCGAGACGCCAAUCGGCAAACUCAUGUUCCCGGACUACUCGCCACAGUUCACGACACCAGACGACACGAAAUGGAUGAAGAGAGUCUAUUUGUACGUUGGACGAUACCAGCGAAUGACUGGGGAGGUGAAGAAACUACCACAGCCACUUGCCCUUGUGCAGCGGAGGCAGAAGGAAUCAAGCGCUGCUGACGACAGCGAGGAUUUGGAGAUCGUCGAGGUCGUAAAGUACAAGAUCUUCUUCAAGAGCAGGCCGGAGCCUGUCAAUGACAUUUGA